AUGACCAUGAAUAAGGCAGCGAAACUAUACAAGAACCCCACUCCAAGGAUACACGACUUAUUUGCAAAGCUGGCUGGAGGCAAGUCCUAUACUAAAUUGGACAUGAGCUAUGCCUACCAACAAUUAGAACUGGCUAGCAUGUCGAGACAAUACGAAGAAGCCUUUGUGAAAUUAAAGGAACUGGUGCAUUCGUUGUCUUUAUUGGUACACUAUGGCCCAUCGAAAGAGUUGGUAAUAACGAGUGAUUUGGAAGUUUGUCAAAACAUUACAAUGCAAAUCUCUCUCUUUGUAUAUCUUUAUUUCCGGUAUCGCCCUAUUGACAGUGGCUCCAAGGAUGGUCAUAAGCCAGAUAGUAUCAAAGGAGACAUUGAAUUCAAGAAUAUUCACUUCAUCUAUCCAACUAGACCAGAUACAAAAAUUCUUAAGGGUUUGAACAUGAAGGUUUUGAGUGGAAAGACCGUUGCACUUUUUGGAGACAGUGGCUGUGGUAAAAGUACAACAUUCAGCUGCUCCAGAGGUUCUACUCCAGAAGCAGGAGAGCAAAGAUUUUAUUGUAUUAUUGUCGAUGGGCAUGAUAUCCGUAAUCCGAACGUGAAGUGGCUGAGACAACACAUUGGCUUUGUUAACCAGGAACCAGUACUAUUUUCCACAACAAUUGCUGAAAACAUAUGCUGUGGCCGAGAGGAUGUGACUGAUGGAGAGAUUGAGCAAGCAGCAUGGGAAGCGAAUGCUUAUGACUUUAUAGCAACGUUUCCUGAUGCAAGAGCAGGUUGCACUACCAUUGUGAUUGCCCAUCGCCUCUCAACAAUCCGCACUUCUGAUGUCAUUGCUGCUUUUGACAAAGGAGUGGUCACUGAACAGGGAACACAGAGCGAGCUCAUGAACAGAAAGGGUGUCUACUAUUCCCUGGUAAUGCAGCAGCUUGUUUGUGACCGCAAGACUCAGAUAUUGAAGGUCUGCGCCAGGUGUCCAAGCAGCUUCCAUGAUGCAUACAUCCUGCAAUCGUCGCAGGUGCCAAGGCUCUCCAGGCUUCUGGGCUCUCCUGUUAAAUUUGAUGCAUUCCAAGAUCUUGUUGGAUCUCAGGUUGAAGGAAAGUACUAUAGGCCAGGGAACUUUUCUUCCAAUAACUCUACUUGUGAGAUUGGCCAAGGCCAUAGAAUUGAGAUGGCUGGGCAGGUGACCUGUUGCAGCUGUACUAUGUGGAACCUGGUGGACACCGGUGCGAUCCACGCUGACCACAUCUGCAGCAAGUGUUGGCUGCUCGAGAAUUUUCAGCUCAGAAUUGAUAAGCUGGAGCCUGAGCUGUGGCCACUACAACACAUCAGGACUGGCUUGCGUGAAACUUUAAAGGGAUCUUAUUUCAUCCUGCAGGCUGCAGGUUGCUGGCUCUGCAUUGUUGAAGCUGAUCUUCCACAGGGAAUCAGUGGAGACUUUUGCUUGAGCUUAACUUGUGCCUUUUUUCUGCUGCCAGGCUUUUGUGUCUAUAGAGCUUCUCAGCUGAUGUUACUACUGGACAAACCAAAUCCAAGGGUGAAACCCAACAUGAUAGACCCUAACUCUCGUUUUUUGUUUAGUUGUCCUCUGUUGGUCUUUGCGGGCUUCCCAAUGCCCUGGUUUCCCAUUGCUCUUUGCCGCAUUAAGGAACGCUUUCCAGAAGUUUCAUUUUUGCAGCUUCUUGCUUUGAACAAGCCAGAGUGGCCGUACAUUGUCAUAGGAACAGUCGCUGCCAUUGUAGCUGGUGCUGUCAUACCAGUAUUUGCUAUGGUCUUUUCCAGGAUUAUUGGGGUUUUUGCGACCAUAGACCCUGAAUUAAAACAAAAGAGGACUGCUAAUCUUUGAUUGACUUUCCUGGCUCUAGGUGCUGUUUACUUUGUGAGUUACAGUCUACAGGGAUGCAUGUUCGGAAAGUCUGGGGAAACCCUUACUAUGAGGUUACGUGGAUUAUCUUUUAAAGCCACACUGUGUCAAGAGAUCGGUUGGUUUGAUGAUCACAAGAAUGCUGUUGGUGUAUUAAUAACUGGUCUGGCUACAGAUGCAACACAGGUUAAAGGGGCCACUUGAACACGACUAGGUUUGAUGGCAAUGAAUGUUUGCACCUUGGGAGCUACUAUUGUCCUCUCAUUCAUUUUUGGCUGGCAGUUAACUUUUGUUGUCCUGAUCUGUAUCCCAUUUCUUAUUGGCGCCAAAGUUAUUGCUAUGAAAUCAAUAUUAGGGUAUGCAUUUAAGGACAAUAAAUCUCUCGAAGCAUCUGGAAAGUUGAAACAGUUGACUGAGUACUGCGACUUUGGAGAUACACACUUCGGAGAUACACUCAAUGACACGUUGGAGGAUCAAGACUACAAAUUAAUUGUGAACAAGGCUGGUAAGCUAGAUAAAUAUCCUAUCCCAAGGAUUGAAGAUUUGAACGCUAAGCUAGCUGGAAGAAAGUCUUACACCAAACCGGACAUGAGCCAUGCAUACCAACAGCUAAAGCUGGACAGCACAUCUAGGAGAUAUAUUUCAGCAGAAGCUGCAAAGAACAAAAGAAUAGUUGCAUCUUUAACAAGAGAAGAUACUUUUUAUAAAAGAUACUUGGAACAUGUAGCUACAUCCUACAGGACCUCAGCAUUUACAGGAAUGGCUGCUUGGAAUAAAGAUCAAACGAUGGCUAAAAUAUCUGCACAAAAAAUAAUACAACUUCUACAAAGGAAGCUACUAACUGACAGUUACAGUGAAGAGGGAGAAAAACUGAGUAACUUUGAAGGGAACAUCGAGUUCUACAAUGUGAAAUUUGCAUACCCUACAUGGCCAGACUUGCAGGUCCUAAAGGAUCUGAAUGUAAAAGUUAAUAAAGGGCAAACCUUGGCUCUUGUUGGAAGCAGUGGGUGUGGAAAGAGCACAUUGGUUCGGUUACUUGAGAGAUUUUAUGAUGCUAUUGAUGGACAAGUGUUGGCAGAUGGGAAAGAUAUAAGACGUCUCCACUUGUCGUGGUUCAGGCAACAGAUGGGAACCAUAUCCCAGGAGCCUAUGCUCUUUGACUGUAGCAUUGCUGAAAAUAUAGCAUAAGGUGACAACAGCAAAGCUGUAACUCAACAAGAGAUUGAAGAAGCAGCAAAAGCAGCGAAUAUUCACAAUUUCAUAACAAGUCUACCUCAUAAAUUCGGGGAAGCUUCCCUGAUGGAGAAUCAAAUGGACGGGUUUGCAGGGACGGGAAUAGUCAUCCUUAACAAGUGUGACCAUAUCACCAAGAUGCACACCAUUCUUAAUGACAGGUCCAAGUUCGUAUACAUUGGACCUGCUACUCAACAUUACCGGACAGCCUUGAUCAAAAAGAUUGUCCAGGAGGCCUUGGAUAAAGCUAAGCAGGGUCGAACUUGCAUAAUCAUUGUCCACCGGUUGUCAACAAUCCAAAAUGCUGACAUUAUUGCUGUGAUACAGAAUGGUAGAGUUGUGGAAAAGGGAACUCACAGCCAGCUCAUGGAAGAAGAGGGGGCCUAUUAUGCACUUGUCCAUGCUCAGGUUCAAAAUUAA